UAGGGUUCCGCAGGGAGAACGAGCCAGGCAGCAAAUCACACAGGAGGAGCUGUCCCAGGUGGACCCCACUCAGCUCAUACUCUGGCAAUGGGGUUCCCCAGAGCCAUUCUGCUCUACCUCUUUGCGGCUGCGCUCUGCCUGACAGGGUCGCAGGGCCUGCAGUGCUACAGCUUUGAGCACAUCUACCUCGGCCCCUUUGACCUCAGUGGCAUGAAGCUCCCCAAUGUCUCCUGCUCCCGCGGAUGCUUUGAGGCUGUCCUGUCCCUGGACACUGGGUACCGCACACCGGUGACCAUGGUACAGAAGGGCUGCUGGACAGGCCCGACCGAGGGCCAGAUGCAGUCGAACCAGGAAGCGCUGCCGCCCGACUUCUCCGUGGUGCGCGGCUGCACGACUGACCAGUGCAACACGGACCUCCUGACUCACGACGCCCUCCCCAACCUGAGCCCGGCGCCCAACCCGCCAACCCUCAGCGGUACGGAAUGCUACGCCUGUGCGGGGAUCCACCCGGAGGACUGCACCCCUGAAAAGUCCCGACGAGUCCAGUGUCACCAGGACCAGAGUGUCUGUUUCCAGGGCAGUGGGCGAAUGACCUCUGGCAAUUUCUCAGUCCCCGUGUACAUCAGAACCUGCCACCGCCCCUCCUGCACCACCAUGGGCACCACCAGCCCCUGGACCAACAUCGAGCUCCAGGGCUCGUGCUGCGAGGGGAACCUCUGCAACGGCGACUCCAAGACCCAGUCCUUCAGCACAGUUUCGGCCUCUGCCUCUCCUCGGGCGUCCCACGUCUGGGCUCUGCUCCUCGGAGCUCCCCUGCUGGUCAGCAUGCUAGGAGGCCCCCUGGGGGGACUCUCCCCAUAGACAGGACAGCCCCUCCAUAGUGCUGGGGGCAGGACACAAGCCCCUCUACCUCUUCCCGGCUUUGGCCCCUCUGGUGUGGCUCACUGCAGAAUGUCAAUCAAUACAAGAGGGGUGUUCCUGACCCUCCAAGUCUCUCCUCUGCUUUCCUCCUUGCCCUGCCCCUCACUGGUCAGCAGGCCUCUGAGAGACUGGAUAUGUCAGCAGCAUAUAGGGUAGGAGAAAGUGCCCCAUCCUGCCACCAUGAAGAGCAGUUCUUGUAAACACAAGGUGUUUACAAGGUGCCCAUGACUUGGUCUCCCUGAACUCCUGGUCCCAGCUCUAGGAGGAACUUUGCUGGUGUCUUUAUGACUGUCUCGGCCAGGGGAACUAAUGGUUAGCCUCGCAGAAGCCCUGACUCUGGAGCCAGACCCCCUGAGCUCCCAUCCUAGCUCUGCUGUUCAGCUCUGGGUGACUCCAACACAGUUUUCAAGUUCCCGGUGCCUGUGUUUCCUCCCUGUAAGGUGCAGGUGAAAAUAAAGUCUGUAGGGGGCUGGCAGGUGGCAUGGUGGUUGAGGUACUGGAUUCCCUCACAGGAUCAACCGUGGUUUGAGUCCCAGACCUGGCGGCUUGC